CUUUUGUCUUUUUACAUUCUAUUGGUAUCUCUUGACCGGCAACUAUGACGUCAUCAGACUGAAAAGUUGUAGCUCGGGUGAGUUUGUGGAGCUCAGAUCUUAGCUGUUACGAAAAAAAACUGAGUUUUAAAGAAAAUCAAGCCGAUUGGGAAGCACAAUGAACGUUUUAACGAAAAUCCGGCUCAUCAAUGAGUUAAAUGCAAAGGAACUUCGAAGUGGGGUUGCAGGGACGUCUUCAUCAUGGCAUAAUCAAUACAAAGAUAGUGCUUGGGUUUAUGUUGGAAGCUUGCCAUUUGAACUAAGUGAAGGAGAUGUGAUUUGCGUCAUGUCACAGUACGGGGAAGUGGUUAACAUCAACCUUAUAAGAGACAGAAAAACAGGAAAAUCAAAAGGGUUUGCAUUUGUCUGUUAUGAAGAUCAGAAAAGUACAAUUCUGGCUGUGGAUAAUUUAAAUGGUUCAAAGAUCAAAGGACGCCAGAUGAGAGUUGAUCAUGUGCUCGCUUAUCAAGUCCCCAAGGAAGAUGAUGAGGUUGAUGAGGUCACAGAGAGGAUACGGGAGCGAGGAGUUGCUCCGGAUGUGAUGAAGGAGUAUGAGAUGAAAGAGGAAGAAGUUGUGGAAGAAGAGGUUGUGCUCAUUAGUAAUGAUAGUGAAGAGGAAAAACCAAAGAAAAAGAAACACAAAAAAGAGAAGAAGAAAAAGAAAUCAAAACUCAGCUUUUUAAAAGAAACGCCAGCUGAAAAAGCCAAAAAAACAUCAAAAUCUUCGAAAUUCGCAGAGGUUGAUGAGCCUUCUAGAAAAUUUGAAAAGGAGGAAAAAGAUUAUCAAAUAAAAAAUAAAGAUCAAAGAGAACAUGAGAACAUCCGGAAACGGAGAGACUCUUCAUCAUCUUCCUCAUCUGGAGAUGAGGAUUUGAGACAAAAACGUAAAAAGCGAGUGAAAUCUUUUAGUCCUGAUGCCAGAAAGCAUCAAAAGCGUGAUAAACGCUCCCGGGAUUCUCAAUCACCAGAUCGAAAUGCUCGUGACAAUCACAAGCGUGAUUCAGAUUCACGAGGAAACAAUCAUCAUGAUAAAGUUAUUCGGGAUAGUAACCGACAUGAUAAAAAUUAUCGAGACAAUCAUGAACGUGAUGCAAGAUCACGUGAUUAUCAACGGCGUGAUAAUCAUUCAAGAGACAAUCGAUAUGCAGAAUCACGUGAGAGAAGACCUAGGGAUCAUCGGCGUGAAAACCGCCGUGAUAAUAGUGAUCAUAAAAAUCAUAAGCACAGCAGAAGGUCCAGAUCACGAUCAUGAAAUUUUUAUUUUUUUGAUAGGUUAAUUUACAAUGAUCACAUAACUAAAUAAUGUUAUUGUUAAUUAAGUUAAUUUUUAUAUCAUUAAAACACUUUUUUGGAGUUGCUAUGUUUUGUACACAACUGGACCUUUUCUACUCAAUCACUCAUUCCGGAUUAAACCGUUUUCUUACCCGUUUAGA